AAGAGUCAAAAGCAUCUGAUCGGAGCACAACAAUCAUCAGUCCGCCCUGAGUCUGGGGGACCAAAGCUUUCCCACUCGGCAGGACAGUGUGCAAUAGACCCGGAGCUGAACUUAGCUACAGACCAUAAGCUUCUUCCGUACCUCUCUUAACCUGGAGAGGACUGCCAGCGACGCACAACCUCAACACAUGAUCACAGAGCAGCUGGAAAGCUGCAACAUUACUCCAGUGUCAAGCAGCUGCUGGUGUCAAAAGACGACUGAAGACAGAAACAAGUGCUGUAUCUUUUCCGAUCUACCGUCGUGACUUGCUGCUCACGGACUGGUCCAGUGGGACAUCCCAGCCAUGGAGGACACGCUUACCUGUACUCCCACCACCUUUUCCCAGGUGUUCGGUCGUCAAGGACAGUUGAUGCAAGCUACUGUGCAAUCUCUAAACAGCCUGAAUGAUCAGAUUGCUCACUUCAUGGUUAACAGACCUAAUGCCAUGAGCCAUGAAGAGGACACCUUUCUGCCCAAUGAGAGAGAUACUCUGAAGCAGUCUAUGGCUCUGAUGAGACACCUGCUCAUGGAUGCACAGGGCAAAAUCCUGAAAAUGAUGGAGGACAACAAGCAACUGGCCCAGCGGAUCGAUGGGGCCAUCCAGUCAGCCAGCCAGGAGGUGACCAACCUGCGCUCCGAGCUCACCGCAACCAGCCGCAGACUGGCCGAGUUGGGGGCGUGUAACCCUGCCUCCCUGGAGAACAACCAGCAGAACCAUCAUCACCACCACCACCAUCAUCAUCUCCACGAUCCUACGGUCCACCACCGACAGAAAACUGUGGUGUCUGAUUUCACCUUCCAGAACGCCAUGUCGAGCCUGAUGGACUUUGGGACACCAGACUCUACACUCGACAAAGUGUUGCUGAGGGAGGAGGUGGCUCAAUUGCAGGAGGAGGUGCAUCUUCUCAGGCAAAUGAAGGACAUGUUGAGUAAAGACCUGGAGGACUCACACGGAGGCUGCUCGGCCGACACGCUCUCCGCCGCCGAGCUCAGGGUGCAGCUGGGUGAGAAGGAGCAGGAGCUGGAACGUGCCAAGGAGGCCUUGCAAGCUAUGAAGGGUGAUCGGAAGAGGUUAAAGGCUGAGAAAGCUGAUCUGGUCAAUCAGAUGCAGCAGCUUUACACCACACUGGAGAGCCGAGAGGAACAACUCAGAGACUUCAUCCGAAACUAUGACCAGCACAGAAAGGAGAGCGAAGACGCAGUGAAAGCUCUGGCUAAAGAAAAGGACAUGUUGGAGAGAGAAAAAUGGGACCUGCGCAGGCAGACCAAAGAGGCCACGGAGCAAGCCAGCAGCUUACGCUCUCAGAUAGACAUGAAGGAGAACAGAAUCAAAGAGCUGGAGGCGGAGCUCACCAUGGCAAAGCAAUCUCUGGCCACCCUCACUAAAGACGUGCCAAAGCGUCACUCCCUGGCCAUGCCGUCAGAGCCGGUGGUGAAUGGCAGUCAGGAGUGGGUGAUGCAGGCAGACCUUCCUCUCACGGCAGCUAUCAGACAGAGUCAACAGACCCUUUACCAUUCACACCCCGCCGACAGGCAAGCUGCAUUGAGGAUCAGCCCCUGUCACUCCCGCCAGCCCUCCAUCAUCUCUGACGCCUCGGCUGCCGACGGCGACCGUUCGUCCACCCCGAGCGACAUCAACUCGCCCCGCCACCGGACACAUUCUCUCUGCAAUUCCAUGGAGGACCUCGAGGACCAGAAGCGUAAGAAGAAGAAGGAGAAGAUAAGUCUCGGUUCACUGUCCCGAGUGUUCGCCCGGGGUAAAUCACAACGCAAGUCUUUGGAUCCGGGCCUGUUUGAUGACUCGGACAGCCUCUCCAGCCAGACACAUCCCGGCCAAUCAGACGGUGAGGAGCAGCUGGAGCGGCUGCAGCAGGCGGAGCUUACCCGCACCAAGCCCAUGUCUUUGUGGAAGGCGGUCACUGUUCAGGCCUGGUUGGAAGUUGUCAUGGCAAUGCCCAUGUACAUUCGUGCCUGCUCAGAAAAUGUCAAGAGCGGGAAGGUGUUACUGGGCCUGACUGAUGAUGAUCUAGAGCUGGGUUUGGGUGUCAAUAGCCCCAUGCAUCGCAGAAAACUCCGCCUUGCUAUCGAGGACUACAGAGAGGCAGAAAAUGGACGAGGGUUAGAAGUCACAUGCACACACGCAGUUGCCAGCAAACGAAUAAAGCUUUCCAAAGCUGCUGAUAUGGAUCAUCACUGGGUGUCUAAAUCUUGGCUUAGUGACAUUGGGCUUUCUCAGUACUCACAGGUCUUUCACAACCAACUGGUAGAUGGCAGAGUACUGAACUCUCUCACGCGACGAGAUCUAGAGACGAUCUUCAACAUAACAAACAAGUUUCACGUAACCAGCGUUCUGUGUGCCAUUCAGCUUCUGCAAAUGCUUAACUUUGACAAAGAGACGAUUCAGGCCCGUCGAUCUCAGUGUGAAAACCGAGAUUUGGAUCCGGUGGUCUGGACCAGUCACCGUGUCAUUAAAUGGAUCAGAGAUAUCGAUCUUAAGGAAUAUGCAGACAGUCUUCAGAACAGUGGCAUCCACGGUGCUGUGAUGGUUCUCGAUCCGACCUUCAGUGCAGACAGCAUGGCCAAGGCUCUGGACAUCCCUAACAAUAAACAUAUGAUCCAUCGUCAUUUAUAUGAGGAAAUGAAGGUGCUACUCAAUCCAGCCAGAACGAAUCAAGCCCAGGACUACAGGAAAGAGGGAACUCCUACGCAUUCGCCCGUCUCAAACUGUCGCAAAACAGAAGAAGGGUUUUCUCCAAGACAGAAAGCUGGCAAGAGUCCUUUGAGAUUCAACCCAAUGGUCAGCGGUGGGCGGGACUUGAGUUUUCAAGGCUGUGCGUCGCCUCCCAGAGAGGAUCGAAUAAAGAUCUUGCAAAGGACCAAGGGCAGUCCUAUGCAUGGUUACUCGAGCAUAGAAAUAACUAAUGUCUGAUGGCAACUGAUGUAUAUAGAGAAUGACCUUCCCAAUCUUUACAUGGACCAAUUAUUUGUAAAAGUGAUUUGAAAAUUGAUCAUUUGCACUUUAGAGAAUUUGUAUUGGCAACAAAGUGGGCACUUAAAGUCUCGUAGAUGUCCUGUGUUUAAUAAAGUAGAUAUUUUGUUACUUGGACGAACUGGUCCUGAUUCUUGUAUAUUUAGCACAGAGGAUACAGUCAGGACUGCAGCUAAAAUCAAUAGCACAUCGGAUGUCUAUUCCAUCCAUCAAGGUCAUAACAACACACUGGAAUGGGAAAACAGUGGCGUGAAUAUAUUGUGAAACUGCCUCUGCAAAGUCUUUUGUUUGUUUUAGGACAUCUGUUGACAUUUGCUAAGAUAUGUUCUCAUAGUUUCAUUUGCAUAUUAAAGCAACAGCCACUUUAUUUGCAAUAAUGUGGGUAAUAUAUAGUCUCAAAUCGAUGACUCCAUUUUCUUACAUAAUAAAGAAUUUAAGGGUUUGUUUGAUUUUCACGGUCUGUCUUCUUACCAUGCAUGUAGUUUAAUUUGCUUACUGGGAUAUAUAUUCAUUGUAUAGUGACUAUUAAUGUAAAUGUAUAAAAAGUAAAGAAAUGAUGUAGGGUGAUUUGAUUGGAAAACCUUUAAUACGGAAUGAUAUGAAUGAAUGAUGUACAAUUCAGUAUUUAGUAAAGCCAAUGCAGUGCACACGUUGCAGUUUUUCCAAGUAAUCCUAAAGGAGCCACAGGGCAAUGAAAGGAAAACAAGUUUUGCAGCUUGGGGUGCAACAGGAUUUGACUUUGAUGUAAACAGCCUCUGUCAUAUGGGUAUAUACAGGUUAAAUAACUUUAUGUCAUUUACAAAUUCAACCAAUCAUUAUUUUCAAGCUUAUCUGCUCUUGUUAAAAUCAUUUUUAAUUGCAAAUACCAACUCUGAACUAUUUCUUUGAUUUGAGAUGAAAUGAAGAUAGAAAUUCUUGUGUUGCACUGCAUACCAGCACUGUGAAAUGCAGAGGACACAGCUGAAAUGCACGUGUAUUUUUAAGGAGGGUUUUGCAACUGCUCAUUUUGAUAUUAUCGAACGUUGUGACAUUAGUGAAAAUGUACUUUUGAGAAAACGUCUGUAUAUAUAUAAACCUUGUGUGUCAUUGACACAAUAAUGUGUAUAGCAAAUUAAAAUAUCUACAUAUAUAUUAAAGUGUUG